AUGGAUAGCUACGACAGCAAAGGGGAGAAUGGGCUGGAACGAGCCUCCAGCGAGGUGCCUCCUCUCCCCACCACGAACGAGGAUGCCAAUCAGAAAUCCACCAAGCGCGCACGAUGGGCCACCACGAGAAUGAAUGCCACUUCCGGUCUGCGCAAACGAGUUUCCAUCCUCGAACGUGGACGCCGGCGGAAUCACACCGAUACCAUGGCGAGUGCGACGGCCGGCGAGCCCGACCUCGCCGAGGGAGGUUCAGCGUCGCGCAAAGUUCAUUUCAACCUUCCUAUUCCGGACGACGAGCGGGACGAUGACGGGAACCUCAAGGCUGUCUAUCCGAGAAACAAGAUUCGCACCGCCAUCUACACCCCGCUCACUUUUCUGCCCAAGAACCUGUGGCUGCAAUUCCACAACAUCGCUAAUCUGUAUUUCUUGUUUGUCAUUAUCUUGCAGUGUUUCGAAAUCUUCGGCGAUGCCGAUCCCGGCCUGAGUGCCGUCCCUCUGAUCGUCAUCGUCGUCGUCACCGCCGUCAAGGACGCGAUCGAGGAUUGGCGGCGGACCGUGUCCGAUAACGAGCUCAACAACUCCCCCGUAUACCGACUGACUGAUUGGGACAAUGUCAAUGUGACGGCCGACAAUGUAUCCCUCUGGCGCAAAUUCAAAAAAGCUUGCACCCGGGGGGUGAUUGUCAGCUAUCGAGGCAUGAAGCGCAUCUUCCGCAAGAAUGGAGCCGAUAAAGACGUGGCGGGCGAUGUGCAGAUGGCGGAUCCCAGGCCGUCGGUCGAGCCUUCCUCUCCGAUCGCGAUCGAGAUGACGGCCGUUUCCCCUACGAUGGAGGCCCGUGCUUCUGGCGACUGGCCGGACCCUGUGAAUGAUCACGAUCAGCACGCAAAUUCGCCGUGGGCACGGACUAAGGGCAGUGUCCUGAAUCCCACCCGGUCAACCCCGGGCAAGGCGCGCUUCAAACGUCAACACUGGAAGGAUGUCAAUGUCGGCGAUUUCGUGCGACUGUACAAUGGGGACCAGAUUCCCGCCGAUAUCGCCAUUCUCUCCACAUCAGACCCGGAUGGAGCGUGUUACGUCGAGACCAAGAACCUGGACGGCGAGACGAACCUGAAGGUGCGCAACGCCUUGAAUUGCGGUCGCGUGUUGCGAAAUGCCCGCGACUGCGAGAAAGCGGAGUUUACUAUCGAGUCACCGCCUCCGCAUGCCAACCUUUACUCCUUUAGCGGUGCUAUCUACUGGAACCAGCAUGAUGAGUCCGGAGAGCCCCCGCAGGACCGCGUGGAGCCAAUCACAAUCAAUAACAUCCUACUUCGAGGCUGUAGUCUCCAAAACACUGAAUGGGCUCUGGGCGUCGUGCUCUUCACCGGGCCAGAAACGAAAAUCAUGCUGAACCAGGGCCUCACGCCUACCAAGCGCCCGCAAAUGGCCCGCAAUAUGAACUGGAAUGUUGUCUACAACUUCGCCAUCCUAUUCAUCAUGUGUUUGAUCUCAGGGUUUAUCAACGGAUUUGCUUGGGGCUUGGACGAUGCCUCUCUGACGUUCUUCGAUUACGGCUCAUACGGCGGCUCGCCUGCCGUGCAAGGUGUGAUCGCCUUCUUUGUAGGCGUGGUCCUCUUCCAGAACUUGGUCCCCAUCGCCUUGUACAUUUCCCUGGAAAUCUGUCGUGUCAUCCAGGCCCUCUAUAUUUAUUAUGACAUCUAUAUGUACUACGAACGCCUGCAGAUGUCCUGUGUGCCCCGAUCCUGGAAUAUCUCUGAUGAUAUCGGCCAAAUCGAGUAUAUCUUCUCCGACAAGACCGGAACCCUGACACAGAACGUCAUGGAAUUCAAGAAGUGUACAGUCAACGGUGUGCCUUACGGCGAGGCAUACACAGAAGCUCAGCUGGGCAUGCAGCGACGACAGGGGGUGGUGAAUGUGGAGGAGGAAGCCGCCAAGGCUCGCCAGAGGAUCAGUGAAGCUCGUGUGGAGAUGAUCCAGCAACUGCGCCAGCUGCAUGAUAACCCGUAUCUCAAGGAUGAAAAUUUGACCUUCGUUGCUCCCCAGUUCGCAGCGGACCUGAGUGGUGCCUCGGGCGAGGCCCAGCAGCAAGCCGCGAUAAGUUUUAUGACGGCUCUGGCACUGUGCCACACGGUGGUUACGGAACGGAUCCCCGGCGAUCCACCCCAAAUUGAGUUCAAGGCGCAAUCGCCGGACGAGGCUGCCCUGGUUGCCACCGCCCGCGACUGCGGAUUCACAACUCUCGGCCGGUCGGGUGAAAGCUUGAUCUUGAAUAUCAUGGGUGAGGAGCGCCGGUAUACUAUCUUGAACAUUCUCGAAUUUAACUCCACCCGUAAACGAAUGAGCGUGAUUGUUCAGAUGCCGGAUGGCACUAUUCGCUUGCUGUGUAAAGGAGCCGAUACCAUGAUCUACUCCCGCCUGGCGCCCGGCCAACAACGCGAAUUGCGUGAUGCCACCACGAGAGAUCUCGAAACCUUCGCCCAAGAGGGUUUGCGAGUGCUCUGCAUUGCCGAGCGUACGAUUGACCCUGCAGAGUAUCGAGAAUGGAGCGUCAUGCACGACGCCGCUGCCGCUGCCAUUGUGGACCGCGAGGAGAAACUAGAAGAAGUAUCCAAUGCUAUCGAGCAGAACCUGAUGCUUCUCGGAGGGACGGCGAUCGAGGAUCGCUUGCAGGAUGGUGUUCCCGAUACCAUCUCCCUUCUCGCCGAAGCAGGUAUCAAGCUCUGGGUUUUGACCGGCGAUAAGAUCGAAACCGCCAUCAAUAUCGGUUUCUCCUGUAAUCUCCUCAACAACGACAUGGAAAUGAUUGUGUUCGAUGCUCCCUCCGACAUCGACAUGGCCGCCAAGCUGCUCGAUAGCAAGUUGGAGAUCUUCGGCAUCACAGGCUCAGACGAGGAACUGCAAGCCGCACGCCAGGACCACUCGCCGCCCCCGCAGACCCAUGCUCUAGUGCUGGACGGUGACACUCUUCGCUUCAUGCUGGACGAAACUUUGCGACAGAAGUUCUUGCUUCUUUGUCGGAAGUGUAAGUCCGUGCUCUGUUGCCGUGUCAGUCCAGCGCAGAAGGCUGCUGUGGUAGAGAUGGUCAAGAACGGCUUGAACGUGAUGGCUCUGGCUAUCGGCGACGGUGCCAAUGAUGUUUCGAUGAUUCAGAAAGCCGAUGUUGGAGUGGGUAUUGCCGGAGAGGAGGGUCGCCAGGCAGUCAUGUCGGCCGAUUAUGCCAUCGGACAGUUCCGGUUCUUGCAACGGCUGAUCCUGGUCCAUGGACGCUGGGCCUAUCGCCGUCUCGGUGAGACCACCGCUAACUUCUUCUACAAGAACUUGGUCUGGACCUUCGCCCUGUUCUGGUAUUCGAUCUACGAUAACUUCGACGGUUCCUAUCUAUUUGAAUAUACUUAUAUUACGUUGGUUAACGUGGCGUUUACGUCCCUGCCGGUCAUCUUCAUGGGUAUCUUUGAUCAAGACGUCGAUGAUCGGGUCUCCAUGGCAGUCCCACAGCUCUACAUGCGCGGCAUUGAGCGGAAGGAGUGGACGCAGUUAAAGUUCUGGAUCUACAUGCUCGACGGCUUCUACCAGUCCAUCAUCUGUUUCUUCAUGCCGUAUAUGCUUUAUCAAUAUGCCAAUUUCCAAACCGACAAUGGACUAAGCAUUGAUGAUCGUUAUCGGGUUGGUGUUCUCGUGGCUACUUGUGCUGUGGUCGCAAGCAACACCUACGUGAUGAUGAACAUGUAUCGGUGGGAUUGGUUCACGACCUUGAUCAACGCAAUCAGUUCGCUGUUGAUCUUCUUCUGGACCGGUAUCUAUUCGUCCUUCGAAUCAUCUGCCACCUUCUACGGCGCAGCAAAGCAGGUCUAUGGCGCGUUGGCCUUCUGGGUCGUGUUUCUGGUGACCGUGGUGAUCUGUUUGACUCCGCGAUUCGUGUGCAAAUGCAUCCAGAAGGUCUACUUCCCGAUGGACGUGGACAUCAUCCGAGAGAAAGUCAUUCUCGGACACUACGAUCAUCUGAAGAGGUUCGAGGCCUAUGUGCCUCCGGACGCCGGCAAGCUGGCGGGCUCGUCCGACAGUGAGGCGUCCGCCAUGGCUUCAGACCAGGGUGCUUCCCACCAGGCCAAUGUCACCCGCCACUAUCCUGGGGUCAACGGUGUCGACCGCACGGCGAAUUCGACGCCGGUGGCCCCGCUCGUGGACGGCCAGGGGGCACCAACUCGUCUUGACAGCCAGUUCACGAGUGCCAACAGCAGCGUUGCCUUUGGCCUCCAACGAAAUACCUCGUGGGACAGCGCCAGCCGAGAGCAAGCGGUGCUGUCCGGCCCGGUCCUCACGGUCGACUCCGCAACCAUGGAGCCGCAAACACCCCACAGCCCCUUAAAAAGUCGAAGUGACCCCCCUUCGACAUACCCUGUAUAG